UUUAGCUAACAACCUCGAUCCUUAAGUCGCCGGAUACGGGAAUACUUCUUUGCCCUCUACCGUAGACUGCGAGCGGCGGAGGGGGGGAUAUCUUCUUUGUUCUUGUUCGUCUACGAAUUGACGAACUCCAUUUUGUUGGGCGUGUGAAUUCGAGUGAAUUAAGGAUCCGUUGAUGGGGUGCUGUAAUAGCAUUAGUGGUGGCGAUUCCAGCGCUAAUCGGAUCGUUCGAUGGAGAUCGACCGGCAUCGUUGCCCUGAGAGACUCCAAACUGAGAGCAUUACCAAGUGAGGUCCUUGUGGUGGAUAGUUUUGUUCGUACACUUGAUUUAACGAACAACAAAAUAAAUGAGGUGACACCAGAAAUCAGUAGAUUGGUUAACAUGCAGCGAUUGGUUUUGGCUGGUAAUCUGAUCGAAAGCCUUCCAACUACAAUUGGGGUUCUUCAGUCUCUGAAGGUCCUCAUACUCGAUGGCAAUCGGGUUACUAACUUGCCUGAUGAAUUGGGAUCUCUUUACAGGCUUGAGAAGUUAUCUAUCACAGGGAAUUCAUUAACUUGCCUGCCUAAAAAUAUCGGGGAUUUGUGUAAUCUAUUGUUGCUAAAUGUCUCGGAUAACAAAUUGAAGUCCCUUCCAGAAUCAAUUGGAGGCUGUGUUGCCCUCGAAGAAUUGCAGGCAAAUGGCAACUUCAUUGAAGAAUUACCUCCUUCAGUCUGCAAUCUUCUUCAUUUGAAGUUCCUUUCCUUAAACAACAACACCAUAAGGCAGCUUCCUCAUAAUCUUCUAAAAGACUGCAAAGCUCUACAGAAUGUUUCUCUUCAUGACAAUCCAAUAUCAAUGGAUCAGUUCCAGCAAAUGAAAGGAUUCGAAGAAUUUGAAGCACGGAGAAAGAAGAAGUAUGACAAGCAAAUUGAUUCAAAUGUUAUGAUGAACUCCGCUGGACUGGAUGAGGGUCUUGAUUUACGAUAAUUAUUUUAUGGUAAUGUUCUUGCACCUAGUUCUAGACAGAAGACAAAUAAAUGGUGCUGGAACAACAUAUGUGAGGUGGAAAGCCCACCUUCUGUGCAUUAGUCACUAAGCUCUGUCCUGUGCUAUCAUGCUUGCUUGGGCCUCGGAGGAACUCGACUCUUAAGUAAAGCUCUUCCCAGUUUGGAAAGGAAAGUACCAGUCACCAGUUGUGUAAGAAUUCUACUUAUUUCAUCCAGAUGAAAAUUCUUGUUUACCAAUUGUAAGUUGUUCCUUUGCAAGGCGGAUGAUCAGAGUUUGAGCAAUCCAUAUUAUUAUUAUUAUCAUCA